GAGAGCGCGGGUAAGAGCGGAUAAACUCGAUGUGCGCGACGGUCGCAUCGCGAAACGAUUCGAUCGUUCCUACGAGGAGUAUCUUGUCGUCCGUUCGAUUAUCUCGCGAAUAUUAUAAUUGAUUAUAUUUUAGAACGAGUCAAAGGUCGCGAUUUGUCUCAUUUUGUUUUUUCUUUUACGAGUUUAAUCAACUAGUCGCAUUUGAAUUAUUGAGGUUAGGUGGUUUAGUAGUAAAUUAUCGUUAUACAAGAUAGAGAUAGGGAGAACGAAAGAGUGUAUAUGUGUGUGUGAAUGUGUGUGUGUGUGUGAGAGAGAGAGAGAGAGAGAGAGGGUGUAUGAGAGAGAGAGAGCGAGAAGAGAAGAGAAGAGAAAAGGUCGUCGGUGGCGCUGCGGAGACUUCGCGCACAAGAAUAAUUAAAAUCAAUGUGACUUUGGUGCGGUGUUCGACGAGUCACGUUCUGCGUGCGUCGGUUUUUUAAAAAGCACUACAUUUACACGACCGACAUAGAGAGAGGGAUGUCGAACGGAUUGAUGCUGCCGAAUGAUAAUCACGAUACGUGCCAGACGACUAGCACCACCUCGAUGGUCACCGCUAAUGCCGCUGCAUCCGUGGAGGGGUUGCAGGGAGAACACUCUACUGAGAUGGACCAGCAGAACGUUACCAGGCCUACGUUGAAGAGACCUGAGUCUGAUCUGGAAGAUCCUAUACCAAAAAAGCGUCACAAAAAUCCACAGCCAAAAAAUGCAGUAUGUGCUUUAAACGAAUUGAAGACUGGAGCAGUAUACAAGGUAGUUGGUCAAACUGGACCUACUCAUGCUCCUAUAUUUACCAUCGCCGUGCAGAUAGAUGGACAGACUUACGAGGGAAAAGGACGUACCAAAAAGAUGGCCAAACAUGCGGCUGCUGAACUUGCUUUAAGGAAUAUAGUGCAGUUUCGUAACACACCGGAAGUACAUCAAGCUAUUAACACGUGCCAGCCUGUCGUUCCCCUGGAACCUGAUUUUACCAGUGACGUCACAGAGAGAGAUAAUCAUCUUGUAAAUGCAUUCAAAACAUUGACUCAAGAACCAAAGAAUACUAAUAAAUUUUUGGACAAAGGUCCCGUUGCCCUUAUCAAUGAAUUAUAUCCUGGAGUUGUAUACAAAUGUAUAUCAGACAGCGGGGAAAGUUAUGCUAAGUUUACAAUAUCUGUAACAAUCGAUGGAGAAACUUUCGAAGGCACUGGUCCGAGUAAAAAGUUGGCCAAAGCUGCUGCCAGUAAAGCAGCCUUGGCAAAAUUAAGGAACGUUCACAGUUCCUCUUUUUGCAUUCAGCUCCCUGUUCGUGUAUUACCUAACUUUUCGAAUUCCGGUCAUUGGCAGGAACAAAUGACUUUGCCACAAAUCUUGGCAGAUAAAAUAGGAAAAAUGGUAAAUCAAAAAUUCACUGAACUUAUACAGAGCAAGCCACAACAUGCUCGACGUAAAGUAUUAGCCGGCAUAGUGCAAACGAAUGGGUCGGAUGCCGAAUUAAUAUGCGUCACUACUGGUACAAAAUGUGUAUCCGGGGAUCAUUUAAGCGUAAGCGGUAGGGCCCUAAAUGAUUGCCAUGCGGAAGUGGUAGCACGACGAUGUCUCUGUGAAUAUUUAUACAAGCAAUUGGAGUUGCAUACCGAAAAUCGUUCUGCCGAGUCUGUCUUGGAACGUAUAAAGAAAGGGUUUAGAUUAAAGCAGGGAAUUCAGUUUCAUUUAUACAUAAAUACAGCUCCUUGCGGUGAUGCCAGAAUAUUUUCUCCUCAUGAAGAAAACGAAUCGGUGGACAAACAUCCUAACAGAAGGGCCAGAGGUCAAUUAAGAACCAAGAUAGAAUCAGGAGAAGGUACGAUACCUGUGAAGAGCAGCGAAGGAAUUCAGACUUGGGAUGGUGUUCUUAUGGGACAAAGACUGCUGACGAUGUCGUGUUCAGACAAAAUAGCUCGAUGGAACGUACUUGGUGUGCAAGGUGCACUUCUAAGCCACUUCAUCGAGCCAAUUUACUUCCACAGCAUCGUUCUCGGCAGUCUGUUGAACCCAAGUCAUAUGUAUCGAGCUGUUUGCGGUCGUAUCGAAAAUACUAUUCAAGGUUUACCACCACCGUAUAGGCUCAAUAAACCAUUGAUGAGCCUCAUAACUUCGUCUGAAGUUAGACAACCAGGCAAGGCACCGAAUUACAGUGUAAAUUGGACUAUUGGUCAAAGCGAAGCAGAAGUUAUAAAUUGUACAACCGGAAAGGACGAAUUGGGUAAACCCUCUAGGAUUUCAAAACAGGGUCUCUUCAGGAAGUUCUUCAGUCUAUUAGGUAAAUUGGAUACGAUCGACGAUGCCGAUCAAAAUCAAUGCCGUCAUUACCUCGAUGCUAAAUCAUCGGUUCAAGAUUACUCUCUUGCCAAACGUCAAUUGAAGGACGCGUUUGUACGCGCUCAACUAGGUAGUUGGGUAAAAAAACCGAUUGAGCAAGAUAUGUUCGAGGUGGAUAUCUGACUAAAUCAGAGUAUCGAUGCGAACCCAACGAAUAGGAUAAACUCUCAGUUAGCGGAGUAUGUAGUUCCUAGUGUAAAAUAGAUCGCUCGUUCGGCGUGUCAUGCUAUGGCAGAAUUUGGCAUCAGUAAAGCAUAAAUCGUAGGAUGUUAAAAGCAAAUAUUUUGACUUUGUCACUGCACGAUUCAACGACUAGUAAACAUGUCGCGUUCAAAGUGUACAAUGAAUCAAUUGUUUUCGAUUUUAAUCGAAAGCAAAAUCAAAUCGGUACUCUUCGAAUUUUUUGAUCUUAAAUGCUAGUCACACGUCAAUUUUUGACAGUUUCUAUAGACUGGUAGAUAGAUAAGGCGAAAAAUUUCGUUUCAUAAGCGUUAAUAAUUAAUCGAAGGGUGCAAGAGUAUUAGAAUGUUUUAGAUUUUACUUUCUGUCGGUGUGUCGAGAAAUCUGUGGAUAUUUCAGGAUGAAACGAGUCAGCACAUAUCCAUUUUUCGGAGUCUUAUUGUUAAACUUUGUCGUCGUUCUCGUACAUCUAUCUAAGUUUUAUUGGACGAAACAGAAAAGACCCUUUACAUCCUCCUUCUCUUUCUUCCUUUUAAUUAACUUCACUGCCUACCAAUUUUCCUCGAGGAACCUAUGCUUCGUGGUUAAGCUUCGAUCAAAAACUUUUCACGUAAAUUUUAUUCAACUUUUAUAUUUUAUUUCAACGUUUUCUUUAAAUAAAACCUAUCUCGUUCUAGUACAAUUAUUCGGAACGAACGAAAGUGUAGUUUCAAAUUUCAAUAGCCUGAGUAAUGUACGUGAUACCGCAAACUCUAAUUCAACGAGCCUAUUGUGUCGACAAUGUGUAUCCGGGUCACUUAUUUCUAGGAGCUGUUGUAUCUGUAUUCAUAUACAUUCUCUAUAUACCUAUAUAGACAAAGAGAAGAAGAGAGAUCCUCUUGAAACGAUUCUCUUUUUCUCUUUCACUUUUAUUUGAAACUUUAUAGGUCUUACUUCUGGAUAAUAAUUAAGCUAUUUUAAAGGACUUUUAGUAAUGUCAUCGUUUUCCUCAAAUAAUUCUUCCCUUUUUUUUUUUUUAUCUGUAUGCAAGUUAUUUAACGUGCAAUAAGUUUUGAUUUAAAAUAUGAAAUAUCUUAAGUAUCCAGGCUAUACCACUAGCAAAGUUGGACCCUCGUUCCUCUCUCUCUUCCUCUCUCUCUUUCUCUCUCUUCCUUUCUCUCACUCUCUCACUCUCCGUCUCUCUGCAUUUCCCCUCUUCUUCACUCUUCCUUUUAGAAAUCCAAGCCAUCAUUAGAACGAACUCAGACUCCGCGGUUGUUUUUCCUGAGGUCCCUCGCGGGAAAAAUCAAUGUCCAGUACCGUGCAGCGAGGGAUCUACCCGCGUAGCUGCGGUAUUGUUUUAGUAGGGCUCUAGUAUUUACUGCAUCCCUGUGAAAGGCUGUGACCGGAUCCAGAUUUUAACGAAGGAUUUUUUAAAGACAUCUUAAUCGUUUAUUGUAUCGUGAAAUUUGAUAAACGAACAAGAAGAAGCGAAAGACAUUUUCGAUGGCGAAAAAUCAAUCGGAAAAAUAUAAAAAAAAGAUAUCUUUGUGAAAAAAUAAGACAUUUCUUUUCUUCGACGUUUGAUUUAUCGUCUUCGCGAAUCCUUCGGUGAGAGAAGAGCGUCCUUCAACAGUUCGAUGUCGUUACCAUUAAUUUUGAUAGCACGUAUGUGAGAAUGCAUGUGCGUGUAUGUAUGUAUGUAUGUAUGUAUGUAUGUAUGUAUGUAUGUAUGUAUGAAAAAGAUUAGAUGAAUUAGCGCGAAUGUUUACGUUUACCAAAGAGAAAAUGAAACGUGAGAGAAAUGUGAGAGCAAUGCUAUUUAAAGAGUAAAGUAUUAGUAGAAGAGUAAGUUAUAAAUAUUAAUAAAUAAAUUAGCGGAUGAUUAUUUAGAAAGUCCUAAGAUCGUUGCCUCACUGUGCCAGUAUUACAAUUAUAAUGCAAUUCUGCCGUAGUGACACACUGCCCGAAGUCGGUCUAGUUUUGCGUCAAAGAACUCGACGACUCCGCCCGUGUUGCUUCUUUCAAUUUACUCUCCUCGAUUACCAAAACCAAAAUAUUUGCGUUCAUAUUUAUGUAUGUUAAGUUCAUAUCUACGUUUUUAGUUGCAUUUAGUUUAACGACAAGUAUUUUAGAAGAAGAAAAAAAGAAAAUAAGAGAGAGAGGGAAUAUCGGAAUGAAAUGGAGCUAUAUAUACAUAUACAAUAUAUUUAUCGAUAAAGUUAAAGUCAUCUACGUAUCACAUCAAAUAUUAGCUCUAUGUAAUUUUUUUGUUCAUCUAGAUGUAGUUAACGUAAAUAUUUACGUUUUUUUUAUACUCGUUUUUUCGAUUUACUCUCACUCGACAUAAUAUUUUUUCACAUCACUGAUAAUGACAAUCCUAGGAUUUUAGUUUGAUCUUUUUAUUUAUUUAUUUAUUUAUUUAUUUAUUUAUUCUGUUGUAUAUGAUAUUAUUACUAUUUUCUUGCCUUAAAAAAAAAAAAAAGCACAGAUAUUUGCUAGAAGUAGCUAGAAAUUUAUUUAUUUUGUUUAUUUCGUUAUGAUAAGGCAUUUAUUUUUAUAUUAUUUUUGUUUAUUUUUUUUUUUGUGAUAAAACCAUAAAAUUAAUGAUAUCAACGAAAAUGAUUUCGCUUUGUUUAAAUUGAAGCUGUUAUUUUUAUAUUGUUAUAUUCUACAAGCAUGUAUUAUAUGCAUAAAAAGAACAGUGCCAUAAUAGAAUAUCAUGUUGCAAAUCGAUUCCAACGGGUUCAACAUUUUCAAUAUCUUUUUUCUAUUUUCAUUACUUUUUUCUCUAAUCUAAUCACUGACAUUCUUUCCCUUUCUUUCCUUUCCUCCCUCCCCCUCUCUCUAUUUCUAUUUCUAUUUAUAUCUUUCUUCUCAAGAAAGAACGAUGCAUUUCUUUUGUUGUAGUGCGUAUACAAACGUACGUAGCAACGAUCGUGCCAAGAAACGCAAUCGUUACGUUGCAUCGUACAUUAACAUAAAUAUUAAUCCUCUAUAACUUUCAAAUUAUGUAUUAUCAUAUAUGCAUCUUAUUUCAUAUUCUCGUUGAAAAGAAAA